AUUCAUUUCUUGAAGCUCUCGCUCGCUCUCUGUCACAAAUUCGAAACCUGAAUUUGACACCAAAACAAGAAAAGAUCGGAUUGAAGAAUCCGGUGGAAGUGGAAGGCUAUAUUCUCCGGAACUGAUCUAAUUGGUUCUUCAAAGUUCCCGAGUCAGCUCGCCCAGAAAUCACAUCCGGCUCAUUAGCUUUCAGCGAAACGACAACCGGAGGAGAGGGCGAGAGUGAUGGCGGAUCCGGCCAACACGCCACUUGGUAAAAUGCUAUUGGAGGAGAUCGCUCCUGUUGUUAUGGUACUCUGCACUCCACUUGUGGAACAAUCUUGCCUCAAGAACGGAAUAUCCUUUGUCCAGAUGCUUUCCCCUUUCUGCGACUUCACAAACAUUGACGUGCCUGUACGAACGUCGAGUGAUCAACCCUACAGGCUGCGGAAGUUCAAAUUGCGCUUGUUUUACUCCUCGGAUAUUCGGCAGCCGGAUCUCGAGGUAGCAAAAGAGAGGCUAAAGCAGGUUAUUACCCGUGCGGGAGAGAAAUUUUUUCUUGAAUCUUCAGAACCAUCUCAAAUUAACGAUCUUCUCUCUAGGCCUGAAUCUGAAAUUUUACCAUCGUGGUUUCAGUUUUUUAACAAAGAGCUUGUACGUACAUUGUCUUUUUCAGAUCAUGAAGCUUUUGACCAUCCCGUGGCAUGCCUUUUGGUUGUGUCCUCGAAGGAUGAUGAACCUAUAAACAGAUUUGUAGACCUCUUUAACACCAGCAAAUUGCCCUCUCUUCUCAAUGAUGGUGCAAUGGACCCAAAGAUUUUGAAGCAUUACUUACUUGUGCAUGAUGAUCAAGACGGUCCUUUAGAUAAGGCUACUAAGCUUUUGUCUGAGAUGAGAAAUGCAUUUGGCCAAAAUGACUGUCAAAUAAUUAACAUUAAUUCUUCUCAAGAUGGGCAAAUCCAUCAUGAAGAUAACCCUUGGGCUCCAUUUAAACCUGAUGCUUUACCUACUGAAAAUCUUGGUGGUUUCCUCGAUCUUGAUGACUUGAAUGAGAUAAAGGAUUUUUUGCUAGAAUUAUCAUCUAAACAUAUCAUUCCUUACAUGGAACAAAAGAUACGUGUGUUGAACCAAGAGGUUUCUGCAACAAGAAAAGGUUUUAGGAACCAAAUUAAGAACUUGUGGUGGAGGAAGGGGAAAGAUGAUACUGUAGUUACCGCUAAUGGUCCUGUGUAUACCUUUAAGUCAAUUGAAUCUCAGAUUAGAAUUUUAGGUGACUAUGCAUUCAUGUUAGGGGACUAUGAACUUGCACUAUCGAAUUAUCGCCUAAUUUCCACUGAUUACAAGAUUGAUAAAGCCUGGAAGCGCUAUGCUGGUGUGCAGGAGAUGAUGGGACUUACCUACUUCAUGCUUGAUCAAUCAAGAAAAGAUGCGGAGUAUUGCAUGGAAAAUGCAUUUAAUACUUAUUUAAAACUUGGAUCUGCUGGUCGACAAAAUGCUACCAGAUGUGGUCUUUGGUGGGUAGAGAUGCUGAAGACAAGAGACCAGGUUAAAGAAGCAGCCACUGUUUAUUUCCGCAUUUGUGGCGAGGAUACUUUACAUUCGGCUGUGUUGCUUGAGCAAGCAUCUUUUUGCUACUUGUUAUCAAAACCACCAAUGUUGCAUAAAUAUGGGUUUCAUCUUGUUCUCUCUGGUGAUCAUUACAAAAAAUGUGAUCAGAUUAAACAUGCGAUUCGCACAUAUAGAAGUGUUAUCCCUGUUUAUAAGGAAACCUCUUGGAGUCUUAUUAAAGAUCAUGUUCAUUUCCACACUGGACAGUGGUAUGCUUUACUUGGCAUGUAUGAUGUUGCUGUCACUCAUAUGCUGGAAGUCUUGGCCAGCGCUCAUCAGUCGAAGGCAAAGCAGGAGCUGUUUCUGAGAGAUUUUCUUCAGAUUGUCCAGAAAACUGGGAAGACAUUUGAGGUAGUGAAACUUCAGUUGCCUGUUAUCAACAUUUCCACCCUUAAGGUCAUUUUUGAAGAUCAUAGAACUAAUGCCUCUGCUGAAGCUGCUAGUGUCAGAGAAAGUGUAUGGCGUUCACUGGAGGAGGACAUAAUCCCAUCAUUCUCUACUUCCAAGUCCAACUGGCUGGACUUACAAUCAAAGGUUAUACCACGGAAGUAUAAAGAAUCAAAUAUUUGUGUGGCAGGAGAAGCAAUAAAAGUGGAUAUUGAAUUUAGAAACCCUCUGCAAAUCCCUAUUUCUGUCUCAAGUGUUUCUUUGACGUGUGAGCUCUCUGCAAAUCCCGAAGAAGAUGCUAAUAGUUCAAACAUUGAGCUCCAGAAUAAUGAAAGCAAAACAUCAACCUCCACUGGGGAUAUUAAUUCGUCUUUGAUUUUAUCUGAGGUCGACUUUUCAUUAGAAGGGGGUGAAACAACCUUGGUGCAACUAACUGUUACACCAAGAAUAGAAGGAAUUUUGAAAAUAGUUGGUGUGAAAUGGAAAUUGUCAAGUUCGGUAGUAGGUUUAUGUGAUUUUGAGUCUAGCCAUGCAAACAGAAGAGUUGUCAAGGGAAGAAAGAAGGCUAAGCAUUCUCCUAGCAAUGAUUUGAAGUUUCUAGUGAUUAAGAGUACACCAAGACUUGAGGGUUUUAUUCAUUCUUUACCAGAAAAAACCUACGCGGGAGACUUGCGGCUUCUCGUGUUGGAACUAAGUAACCAAUCUAAGUUUCCUAUCAAGAACCUAAAGAUGAAGAUCAGCAAUCCCAGAUUUCUAUAUGCUGGGAAUCAAAGGGAGUUGAAUGUAGACUUUCCUGCUUGCUUAAAAAAGAUGAAUGUUGAGAAAAGCAGUGGGCAUACUAAUGGUAAUAAAAUGUCGCAGAAUGUGUUUCACUUUCCUGAGGAUAUAUCAGUGCAGGAGAAAACAUCAUUAUCAUGGCCACUUUGGUUUCAUGCUGCUGUUCCCGGAAAUAUUCCUUUGUACAUUACAAUAUAUUACGAAAUGGAAGGUGUAUCAAGCAUCAUGAAAUAUCGCACUCUACGCAUGCAUUAUAAUUUGCGGGUUUUACCAUCAAUGGAUGUAUCAUUUGAACUUAGUUCUCGCCCAUCAAGAUCAAUAGAGUUCCUCUUGCGCAUGGAUGUUGUCAACAAGACCAGUUCCGAAUGCUUCCAGGUUCAUCAGUUGUCAUCUGUUGGGCAGCAGUGGGAGAUCUCAUUGCUUCAACCUGUUGAUAGCAUCUUACCUUCUCAAUCUUUAUUUGCUGGUCAAUCAUUCUCAUGUUUCUUCAUGCUUAAGGAUCGCAGGAGGUCAGCAACUUCUGAAGAUUGUACACCUCUUUCCCGUAUUCAAAGUGAUGUAAGAUUGGGACCUCAGGAUAUCAAUGAAGCCCCCUUUGAUGUAUCGAGUUCGCCUUUGGCUGAUUUCCAUGACUGUGAAAGAUCAUGCCAGGGAAUGUCAUCUCAGGCGUAUGAAUCUAAAGUUGAUUUCGUUUUCAUCACUCAACUGCCGGAGGGUACUAUUGAUUCCGCUGCUCCUAAUACACCGCUUGUCUUUUCCUAUCAUGCUUGUGAUUGCAGUCUUUCUAGCAUGAAUCCAAUAUCAUGGAUAGUCGAUGGACCUCGUACCAUUCAACAUAACUUCUCGGCUCCUUUAUGUGAAGUAAAUUUGAAGAUGACUAUAACCAACUCCUCCAAUUCAGUUGCAUCUGUCCAUAUCAACACAUUCGAUUCCCCCAGUAGUAACAGCCAACCCAUAAACGACGCUGCUGCAUCUCAGCCUCCAGAAAACCAAGCAGGAUGGUCGGAUAUCCCCAUCGUCAGUGAUACAAAGAUCAUCACUAACGAUGCCCUUGCAACACGUUCUUCCAAGUCAUUGUCCAUUGAAAGUGCCCCCCAGUUCAUAUGGUCAGGGUCGAGCUCCACUAAACUCACACUUCAACCUAAGUCGACUGCCGAAAUUCCUCUUCAGAUUUGCGCUUUCGCUCCGGGGGUAUACGACCUGUCAAACUACGUCUUGAACUGGAAUCUUACACCCAUCAACGACCAAGUAAACCAAGGAGAAGCGAGCAAGUCGUCCGGAUCCUGCCAAGGGUAUCCCUAUUACCUUACUGUGCUCGAAUCUACUCGAAAGGGUAGUUAAUGUUUCCCAGUUUUAUUGAUGCACCGUUACUGAUGAGAUCUUUGGUUUAUAGUAAUUUUUGUAAUUUCACUUUUAUGGUGCCUACAAUGUAUAAUUGGAAUUGAAAAAACAAAGUGAAGAUAGAUGAACUAUUUUU